CUAUCGCGCAAAUUUCGAAUUUCAAAGAGCUAGCCACCAGCAGCUCGAGCCACAGCUUGCUGCGCGUCCUUCGUUGUUUUUGGUUGUAAAAAAAGUGUGCCGAGUGCCGGUUGUGCCGACUAAUAUUAGACGAUAUACAGUACGAAUCCAAAUCCAUGUAGAGUCGGGUGCAUGUAGUUCUUCGAUCAUGUUUGCUACACCACAAAGACACCAGACAGUUGACAAGGAGAAUGUCGGUGCCCAGGUGAAGACACCAGGGAAAACCUUGAAUCCUCUUGUGACUCCAGUCAGAAAGCCUCUAGCUAGUCUCAACCAAGAUGUAACUGCAUCCCACAACUACAGAUCAUCAGCAAAGAUGGUGCAGAAGAUAUGGACCCCUGUCAAACACUGCACCCCUACCAGAUUGACAUCUGCAAACAAGACUCGAGGAAGACAAAGCAAGAAACACAGGAAAGGCAAAGAUCCAUCAGUGGCUUGGUCGUCUUGUAAGAGAACAGCCCUGAGUGUGACCGAAGCUGCUGAGUCUCUCCUCAAUCAAGUCCUUCUCAAAGAAAUAUCUGCUUGCUCUCAUCUUCCAAAGGAAAGUGGCACUGAAUGGAUGGAACCACUGUCUUCCAUAUCUGAUGGAGAUCAGCUGUUGGAACAGACUGUGUCAGGAUUGGUAGAUAGUGCAAUUCAUGCUGCCUUACAAGAAUUGAGAAAUGAGAAGGUGCAAGGAGCAACCUGCUCAAUCCCUACAAAGACCAGCAGCACAGAGUCACUGGCUCUAGAUCCUGUAACACCAACCACUGAUGGCUUGUGGAGUAUUGCUCUGGGGCUUGACGAGUCCUACAACAACUCUGGCCAGGGUCAGGACGAUACCAGCGUCUUCUUAGAGGACAACCUGUCCGGUAUUUCAUCUGAAUUAUCACUGGCGAAGGGAAUGGCUGCAGGGUGUAGUCCUGUCAUGAAGAUCAGUAAGCCAUGCUUUACACCUGCUAAUCAUCAUGAGGGUCAGGAAACAAGACUUGCUCCAACUAUCCACCAAGACAACAUAUCUAUAGACGCUGAUGGAGAAAACAGCAACAAUCACAUGCGCUCACGUAGAUUGGUGCUAGGCUUACCAGGAUCUACUCCCAUUGCUUCUCAUCAGAUGAUUCAGGGAACUGAUUCAGUCCAAAAAGUUGUUCAAAAGCUUGAAAUGACAAACAUGGCCCUGGUUGAACUUGAACCAUUAAUGAAAGUGGUACCAGCUGAAAUUGCAAUCAGGAGUUCAUGCACUGUGCCCAUUGAACUACCACACACCAGUCAUGGUACCAGACCAGAUGACAGAGCUAACACUUCUGUUGCCAUGACACCGGUCAAGACAAUGCAAACUGACCCUAUGACUUCUGCCACUAAUGUGGCUGGUGUAGCUGUUGGUAGCACGCCAGUCCACUCCAAUAUAACAGCAAUGACGGACAGCUCUGUUGGCGUGACCCCUGUGAAAUCUUACAGCAUAUUCACUGGGACUACUCCUCACAAACCAAUCUUAAAGACAGAUAGCUGUUUGAUGACCACGCCCAUUUAUGUCUCUAAAGCUUACAAUGGAACCACACCCACUGGAAUGACUGAUGGCGUGACUAUGACCAAUCCCACCAGUUCAACUGAUGCCUGUAUCGGAACCACACCUAUCAGGCCAGUUGAAGUUCUUAACAAGUCCGUCACAGCGACCCUAAGUCAACUGCCAGAUUCUGCUUUCGGAACAGCAUCCAAACAAUGCAGUGAUGCUAACUGUGGGACCACACCUGUUAGAGUGUCCAACACUUCAACUGUUACUACACCCACCGGUCUGAUGGAUGCCAGUGUUGGAACCACACCCUCUGAAUCAGUAGAAAUGACAAACAAGUCUGUCAUGGUGACGCCCAUCAGAAUGUCAGAUACUAUGACUGAAACCACACCAAUCCAAUCUAGCCAUGCCCUCAUCGGUACUACCCCAGUUAAAUCUGCUGAUAUUGGUCUGAGUACAGACCCAGCUCUGGUCACUGAUUCUUCUACAGGAACCAGUCCAGUACGAGUCACAGAGGUUGGGGUAGGUACAGGUUCAUACCAGGCAGUAGAUGCCCAGUGUGGAUCAACACCUGUUAGAGUUGUUGAUAUGAAAUGUGGAACCAGCCCAUCUGCCUCAGUAGAUGCAAGCACAGCUGUUACACCCCUUGCUCUCAGUACUGCAGAGACACUGACGUCACCGAUUGUUGUACCAGCAUUCAAAUUAGAAGCUGAGAGUCCAAGCCAACUGGAUGCUAGCAGUCUGAUGAGUCACAUGGAGUCAGCAUGUAUCAGUAAUGAACUCCUCCGCCGUGAGAUUCAGACAAUGAAGACAACCAAAGCUGAGCUACAACACCAACUAGAUGGAGCCAGAGAGCAACUUGAACGGAGGGAGGUGGUGGAAAGGCUGGAACAGCUUAAUCCGAAGGUUGAAUUGCGACAAACUUCAAAGGAGUCGUUACAGACAGAGGUUGAUAAUCUUCUCCUUCAAGUCGGUGAGCAGAUGAAUCAACUAGCUUUCCUACAAGAAGCCUUACAUCAGAAAUCCGCUGAGUUAUCAAUUGCCAACCAGGAUAAGAUCAACCUGAGAGAUCAGUAUCAAAAGGAGAUCCACAACCUACAACAGGACCUGUGUAUUGCUUAUAAACAACAACAGCAAGAAGUAUCUGAUCUCCAUGCAUUUUAUGAGCAGAACACCUAUGAGCCUCACUACAUGAGAGCUAGGGUUACCAUUGCUGAGCUCAAGACAGAACUACAAGCUUAUACUGACUUGAAAGACACACUGGAUAAAGCCGCUGAGAUUCAGGAACAAUUUGGAUGUAUUGAAGAGGCAUACAGUCUAGUGAAUGCACUCUUCACAAAGACGAUGGACAAGAAAGAUGAAUUGGACAAACAGCAAGUAGCGAUGGUUGAUGAGAUGAAUCACACCAAAGCAUUGAAUGAGCAGCUACAACAGCUGCUAGCAACAGCAAAGGACCAGCAACACUAUACACAGACACAGCUACAGGAUGCUAUCAAUGCUGAGAAGGACGCCCUCAAGUGUCAGGGUCAAUUACUGGGAGAAUUAGACGAGGUCUCACAGACUUCUGAUGAGAUCAAAUCAGAGCUUCAGAAUACAAAAUUAGAAUUGUCUGGCUACAAAAGUGAUUAUGAGACUGUCAUGGCCAAGAUGAAGGCAUUAGAGCAGCAGAGUAUCGAGCAUUUCCUGGCAGAGUGCACAGUGGAAGCUGCUUUGGCUAUUCAGAGUAAACAAUGGCAAGAUACCACGGCAGAGAUGCAGAUAGUGCAUUCACAGACUGGAGAAGAGAUUCAGAAUCUCAUGCUGCAGAAUACAAGACUUACUGCUGAGACUACUGACCAGAAGCAUCAACUGUCUAGUAGUCAAGAUCUCAUCAUUGCCCUACAGUCAGAACUUGAGAGAAACAAGGAGAUAAUGAACCAACAAGCUAAGGAACUGGAAUCAUUGGAGUGGGAGCGAGAGAUGAGCAAGAAGGCAAAAGCAGAUGCACAGAGGAUGGCCAGACAGAUUCAAAACUUUGAGCAGCAGUUUAAGGAGAACAUUGAAUUCCUUGAGGAGGAGAGAGUUGCCCUGGUAGAGUCAGCCCGGGAAGCAGAAGACCAACUCAAAGUCACCAGCUUGGAGCUAUCUCGCCUCAAGGUGGCGCUCUCCAAGGCUGAGGAAUCAGGAUCACAGUGGAAAGGUGCUGCAGAAACUUUAAGUGAGAGGCUUCAAUUCUGUCAGAGUGAGUUAGAUAACACAAAGGCCCAUGCUCACUGGAUGCUACUCAACCAAGCCACUGAGAUGAGAGAUGCUGCCGAUGGAUUGACAGCACUACUCAACAAGAUACAAGACGUAUUCACUCAUCUCAACAUCAGCAUGGAAGACCAACAGUUGAAUAAGGAAGCCUCUGAGCCAACUGCAGCUUCCAAGAUGAUCCAAUCCAAAUCCAAAUCACAGACAAAUGAGCUUGCAUCUGGCUCCUUAGUGGCUUCCAUCCUGAAUGCUAUCCAAUCUAAAGAUGAAGACAUCAAUGAUAAAGAUAUGGUACUACAAGAAACCCCGUCAGUCUCACUAGAGCAACAACCUCGCACCCCAAGCCCCUUUGACAGCGGCUUUGCUAUUGGUGGAUCCGGUAGCAGUGCAUUCACUGCUGUGGAGACAUCCACCAAUCCGAAUGCGUGUGCUGUAGAUAUGAAAGUCAACAAGGCUGACGAAUUGAAAGAGAGUAAAGAUGAUAGUCUAGCCCUAGUGGAGCAGGUUGAGCAAGCGAGGGCACUCUCAGGACAGCUUCUGAAGCUGCUACUGGCUCGUAAUGACACCCUUGUGUCAGUAGUCAAGGAGCUCAAAGAGGAAAGGUGUCAGCUCCAUACCCAACUCCUGAGAUCCCAGAAGUUGCAUGAUCGAGAGCUGUGCGUCAUCCGUGAGCAACUGCUAGAAUCAGAGAUGCAGGAGCGCCGUCUACAUCAGGAGGUUGCUAAUCGCAAUGCAUCAUUAACUGAACAACAGCAAGCAUUGCAAUAUGCACAGCAAAGACUGCAAUCCAUGGCUGAUAACUUGGAGAGAUUCUCUGAUCAGAAGUCAACCAUUGAGAAACUCCAAACUGAGACAGCUAAACUGACCAGCAGCCUGCGAGUUGCCCAGAGGGAGAAGGGCCUCCUACAAGAACAGCUGGACAAUGUCUUGUCAGGCUGUUCUCAAUCCAGCAAUGAGGAUGACGUUGAUGGGAGAGUGGCAUCGCAGCCAACAGCAGUCAGAAAUAAGCUGAUUAGAGAAAACCUGAGUCUCAAGAAGGAGUUGGAGAGGCUGAGAGUUUGCUUAGUUGAACGCCAGGAGCACUAUGAGACAUUGAAUGCUAGAGCUACCAAACAUAUGCGCGUGUUGGAAGACAACUGGCACAAGGCAGAUGCUGAGGUGUAUCGUCUGGAUGAAGUAUUUGAUCAUUGCAAACAGUUGAUGGAGCAAGUUCCUGUCACAGGUGAUGAGCAUUCAAGCAUGUCUGCAUUGAGGCAACUACUCAGCUGAGUUAUCUGCCUGAGUCAACACACACACCACCCCUUGCGGACACUGCUUUCAUCAGGCAUGCAACUUUUCCUUGGAUCCGCUGAUUUCCUCGUUAUUUACUUCUCAAGAAUGCCAGUUUUUGUGUAAUGGCAUGCCUGAUACAAGCUAUGCUUUCAAGGUUUUGCCACCUCUAGUGGCCUUUAUAUCUUGUUCAAUACUUAUAUUAUUUUUCAUUUCUGUCAUGAAGAGGGAAUAAAUGUGUUUGAAUUGAAUUGUCAUGACAGAUUGAAAAACACUGUACAAAGUCGUGUGUGGUUUGGAAUUUCCUCAUUUUUUCUAAAUGCCCCGUUGCAUGCCUGUUUCAUCAAGUUUCCUUUGGCAUUUGUUCAGUGCUUGCUUUGUAGUUUUACGCUGUAUAUAUGUUUACAUUGUAGCCUGGGGUAUGUUAAUCACACAGCUCUUUUUUACUACGACAUGUUUUCCCUUGGAGCUUCAGUGAUACCCAUGUCACUGUGCUCUUCUGUGUUAUAAUAUACUGCAUUGCGAACGGAGACAAUGUCUGCUGAGAGUCCAAAUGAUUUUCAGAUAAAGGAAACAUGGUGCUUGCCUGUGAUACACACGAGGUGAUGGGAUUCGGGCUUGACCAACAUUGCUAUGCUUUAUGUACAGUUAGCCAGUGUAGCAUGUUUUAAUUCAUUUGUUUAGUCACAGAGUUGGAUUUGAAAUGAAUUGUUCAUUAAGUGAUGUAGGUAUUCAAUAGAUGUGUUCAACUGUACAUACAAAAGUUGAAAGUAGAUUAGAAGGUAGCCAAACAGUGCUGAACUCAAAGGCCUUGUUUACACUUUUGAUGAACUUAAUACCUUUGGCAUGGUAACAAGUUGAGGAGUUUGUCAUGUGUUUUUAUUGGUAUCAAACACAAGUACACCUUGAAGAUGUUCCACUUUAAUGUAUUUAUUUACAACAAACUGAAUUGAUUCCUUUAUUAACCAGUUUUACCUCUUGUGACAAUCAGUUUGCAGUAUGUACAUUUAGUUGCUCCACUUUGUGUCCAUUUAUUGAUUUCAUUUAUUAAUUGUAGUGCAGCUCUGUAUUACGUUCUAUAAUGAAAUAAGGUUGAAACCACAGCAAUUGGAAUCUACUUGAGAACAGUGCGAUCACAAGGAUGUCACCCCGUCAUCCUUACAGAGAUUCUUACAAUACAGUUCUGUUGGAUGGGCACAAUACUUUAAAUGUGUUUUAAGACUCAAUAAGUUGAACUAUUCCUUAGAAAUAACUAGAGUUUCAUAUUUUUCUCAGAUGAACAUUAUACUACACAUCACAUAGAGGUUCAGAAUUCAAUGUGAGGGAGCAGGGGUUUAUUUUAAUAGCGGAAAAUCCAUUUUGAAUAUUAAUGAUCUGCUGACAAAUUGAACAAGCCCUUAUGAUUAGUAUCAAUUACUGGCUACAAACUACAUGUAUGUAAAUCUGCACAGGAUGGUUGUAGAACAUUUUGUCGAAAAAAAAAAGUUUUGUAAGCUACUUGUACUCCAAUAUUGCUAAUAAACCAUUGUUCUCUUCAAA